GCAGCGUGCAGGUAACAACGUGCAUACCAAUGCUCGUUCCAUCCACGUCGCUCCGACUGCGCUGUCCUACUCGCACGCACGUGCACGCGAGCCGCGCAGGUCUGAGUCAAACCGGAGUGUACUACCAGUUCGCCGUGCGGACCAGCUAAGUCAUAUACGCUGUUAACAUAUACGAGUUGUGCGCAUGUUUGUUUGAGCGAGCGCAUUCCAAUCGUGCUUUGCGCGCUGAGUGUACCUGACCGCAGUAAAACUACUAAGGGAUUUUAGUUGAAAAAUAUCCAUCGUUGCGUUGCGCCGAGCGUUACUCCGUCCAAAUCGGGUGCUCUCUUUCAAUGCGCGCUGGGCUGCGGCGGCUGCGACGAGGUACGAAAACGCGGAGCGUGUGCACACACGGGCGGACCGGGGACCGGUUGUGUGGAAAAGUGCCGAGGAAUCGCGGAAAACUUUGAAAAUUCGCGCGCAAGUCAAUCGGCACGCUCGUGUUUCGGGGCGGCGUAUGUUGUGUGAGUUUUUCGGCGAAUGCGCAUCGGACUUAAGUAGUGCAGUGUGCGUGCGGACGAUUCCACCGCCGGGAUUCAACGUGUGCAUCAUUGGAUUAUCUUUUAAUUAGUGCAUUGGGAUUUAACAGUGGACAUGCGGGAACUUUACUAAGGAUUUCGGAUUAUAUUUAAAACACAUGGUGGUGCACGGCGAGAAGCCUCGGUUAGAGAUGGUGGGGUCAUGCGUGCCGGGCUGUGCACGGUGAGCGCCCCUCUGGCCGCGUGCAGCCCCGCAGGCGCGCUACCCCCGGCCGCCCGCUUCCUAGCACUCCAUCUGCUGCAUCAGCAGACAAUCUACUUCAUCGUCCAGGCCAAAUCGCGCGUGCGCGAGCUCUACCAGCAGACAUGCCUGCACUUCGCCCAGCAGGGCAUGCUGGACACCGACUUGUUCGGCUUAGCACUCAUAUGCGAUGGCGAAUAUUUGUUUGCCGAACCCGAUAGCAAGCUAUCGAAAUAUGCGCCGAAAUCCUGGCGUUCGUCGCAUAGCCAUGGCCUGGACGCGAACGGGCGGCCGGCGUUGGCGUUCUACUUCCGUGUGCAAUUCUACGUCGACAGCCCUCUCCUGCUGCGCGACGAGACGACGCGCCAACAUUACUACCUGCAGCUGCGGCUUAAUGCCGCCUCUACUGCGGCCGCCGGCGAACAUUCAAUCCGACUCGGCAGUUUGGCGUUGCAAGCUGACUUCGGUGACCAUGGCGCCGACGCUGCAGCCUUCCGCCCUGAGGACUACGUGCCUAGCGGUAUGCGAGAGCCCGCUGUGCUGCGCGCCCUCGAAAACGCGCAUCGCGGCUUGCGAAACGUAUGCAAGAUGGAGGCGCGUGCGCGUUUUAUCGCCGAAGCAUGCAAGUUGGAAGCGGCUGUGAAUGCGCAUGUCUUCCAGCUGCGCGCUUCAAAGCAUGAGCCUGCACCCGGCGGGCUCUUGCUUGCGGUGUGCCCACGCGGCCUACGCGUCUGCCCCGACAACAACCCACCCUCAUUGUUCCUAUGGAGCUCCAUCGGGAAGCUCAGCUUCGAGCGUAAAAAAUUCGAGAUUCGCACCGGGCAUGAAAAACUUACAUUGUACACAAGCAGCGAUGAGAAGAGCCGACUCUUGUUGUCGUUGUGUAAAGCAGCGCAUCAAUUCAGCAUGGCGGUUGCGCCGAGACUCACCGAAGCGAAAAAAGAAGAGGAGGAGAUGCAGCGAUGGGAUUGCGAUCAGCGAAUUUCGGUGAUAUCAAGCACAUCAUCCAACACCACGUCUGGAAUAGUCAGCGAUCGAGUACACAGUGAGGAUGAAUUGGAAAUUAUGAUCACAAGUCCACCAGCGCCAUCUACCGAAAGUCUAGCGAUAGCGCAUCUAUUGGAUAGCGGGCCUGCAAGCUCACGUACAUCGAAUGCAUCUGCUGUUGGCGCGUUGGCGACCUUGAGCUUGAAGGAUGAAGAAGUUCCCAGCGAAAGCAGUGCGGGUAAACCUGGAAAAUUCACUGGAUCACAAUGUAGUAGUUCGUGUAGCACUGUUGUUGUGUCAACGUCUGUUAUUCUUCCAAAAAGUAAACGGAGACCCUCUACUAGCAGCAGUCUAGAACUAGGGUACUCACACACGGCGCAAAACUCAGUUGUAAGCGAUUCAACCUGCACCGAUCAGGAUCUACGCGAACCUGUCUACACCUCAGGCCCUGCACCGAGUAGUCACACCAGCGGCGUGUACACACUCAGCUCCAGCGAGCAGUACACAACACCCAGCGAAGAAUAUAGUACUUUAGGUGCCAUACCACUGGAAGAAGAUCAAGUUGACGGCUAUCGCAAUCGUUCUAAUUCGAAUGUGAGCAAUUCGGGUUCAUUCCGUGGCGAUGGCAGCGAUCCUACCGACAAUCAACAUACACUACUCUCCGCUGAGGAACUGUCAGAUUUGAUCGUCGGCAGGUAUCCUUCCUGUAAAUCCGUGAGCAAUACUCUAGAUUCAGAUUCUGAUUAUGUUACCUUACCAUCAACUUAUCAGGGUUACAUUCCUAUACCACCCAAGCGUAUUGAUUCGAUUGAACCGCGUGCCAGACCCCCACCACCUCCAUAUCCUGCUGCUUUCGAUGAGGGUAUGCUGCGGGAUCCACCGCCAUACCCCGAGAACCUCCUACCUCCACCGCCUCCGGUUUACCCUUCGGAAGAGGUCACUGCCAGAUUCAUCACCACCCGCCCGCCGAAUAUCCUCACCGCACAUACAAGUCUUGUUAGUUCCUCACCUAGUUACUCCAGCGCGCCUAGCGUACCACCUAUUCCUCCGAAACACCCACGUUCUUCACUGGGUUCCAUCAUCUCUCCUAAUAAUUAUCUAGAUGUUGCUGCUUCCAAGGCGGCGUCUGUUUUGGUCCCGUGUACAUUCCUCGCUCCACCACCACCUCCACAACCUCGUCAACCACCUCCACCUCCUCCGCUUGCUACUGUUUACACCAGUCAGCUAUCACGCUCGCAGAUUGAACAAUACCAACAACAGAUGUACAGCGAUGUUGACUUUGUUGUAUUCCCUCUGAAAGAACCUGCGAUUAGUAAGCAGGAGUAUCUUGAAGCUAAGCAAGGUUCGAUUCUUGCUGCGCUUGCGCAACAACCCAUGUUUUAUCGUUCCAAUCCAUACCUGCAUCGGUAUGCCUCCAGUCAGAACCUCUCCGACACCUAUGUUCAACUCCCGGUUUAUGGUAGUCCUAGUAUUGCCAGUACAACAGGAAGUCUUGAACCCGUACCGCCACCGUUACCGCCGAACCGACCUCGUAGCAACUUCAUGCGCACCCGAUCGGACGACAAUAUCCUCAACACGCUGGAAAUGCCCGGCGCGAAGCACAUCUCACAACCUACUAAACUACGCCGUGUUCCACCACCACCGCCGCCACCUGUCGACCGGCUCGACAAGCUGCAAGCGGCCGAGAAGGCGCUUGAUAAAAUACCCGAAAAACCCUCCUCUGCCAAUGCGUCCAACAAACCGCUUGAUAUUCGCACACUGCGUGAAAAGUCCAAGAAAAUGGACCUGCCACUCAUCUCUGCGUUGUGCAAUGACCGCUCGUUGAUUAAACAAACCAAGGCGUUUGUUAUGCCGAAACAUCCGAUGUCCAUCUCGACACUGGAGUCGAAAAUGUCGUCGACACGCAGUAAAUAUCCAGUCUCUGGUUUGAGUAACAACAAGAUGGCGAACCGCAAAGCGCCGAGCAUCAGUCAUCGACAUCCGGCUGAUAAAUUGCCUGAAAUACCACAACAAGCGACUGCGCAGACUGCCGCUGAUGGCGUUAUUCCACGCGCAACGCCCAAUAACUACGUUCUUACCGAUCCGCGCGCGAAACACAAAACGAUGCAGUCGUUGUCAUGAUGAUGAUGUGCAGCGUUUGGGAAACAGUAGCAAACUCAGGGUGCCAUUAAUUCCAUAUUUACACAUACUUUUAACGGUUUUUAAAUCAUCCUUAUGUAAAGCCUGAUGGGUUCAAAUUUUAUCAUUUUCAUUUAUAUUACACACACACAUAUACAUCACCUUCAAAUUAUUCCGAUUUCCGGAUGAUUUUGAUAAAGGUGCGAACUAAAAAUCCAAAGUUGACUUGCGAAACACUUGGUUUUGGGUUUUUGCUUUGCUUGCUCUUCAUAUUCCAUCGCGAAAACCAAGAUUUAAAUCCAUCAGCCCGUGGUGUUUAUUAUCGCUAGAGUAUUCUAUAUUUUAAAAUCAUAGCUCGAUCGAUUGUAAAUACGCAUACGAUAUCUACUAAAUUAUCAUGAUACAUGGCCAUUUUCGUUUUAUUUUAUUUUAAUGAAUAGAGGUUAUGUCCGGAGUGCACACACGACAAGAACACACGAAUGGAAUUGAGUUUGUUGUCGACGAAUUGAGUAAAUUUACGUUCCGCAAUCUUUGUUUACUACGAAUAUUCAAUAACCGACGCAUCCUGCACACGGAAAUAAUGUAAUUGGUUUAUAUAUUGACGAUGAUGAUAAAUAUUUUGUAUACAUACGUAUUACCUAAUACAAUUAUAUUAUUAUUAAAUAAUUUUUAUUCUUGCUCAAUCAUUUAAAAUACUACUUAUGAUCUAAGAUGAUAUUAAACGAUACAAAUUGAAAUAAAAUAUACAUUUUAUGCAUGUGA